GACGCGCUCGUGGUGUGGCAGGGUCAUCUGCUAUUCAGGGUGCUAAAUUCUUCGCUAGCACACGUGCGAACCGCUGCCCGUGAAGCAGAAUGCCAAACUGUUAACAUAGUACCCAGUUUGCUAUAGCUGUGCUGAAGAUUAUCUGUGCACUCCAGAGGAAAAUGUUUACAAGAUAGACUUCACCAGGUUCAAAAUCCGGGACAUGGAGUCUGGCACAGUGCUGUUUGAAAUCACCAAACCACCAGCUUCAGAACGUGAACACAAUGACAAGAAGGACAUUGACCCCAAUGCCGGACGGUUUGUACGCUACCAGUUUACGCCAGCUUUUCUUAGACUUCGGCAAGUGGGAGCCACGGUGGAAUUCACAGUAGGGGACAAACCCAUUAAUAAUUUCCGCAUGAUCGAGAGGCAUUACUUCCGGGAUCAAUUGCUGAAGAGUUUUGAUUUUGAAUUCGGGUUCUGCAUCCCCAGCAGUAAAAAUACGUGUGAGCACAUCUACGAAUUCCCACAGCUCUCGGAGGAUCUCAUUCGAGAGAUGAUCCUUCAUCCAUAUGAGACACAGUCGGACAGUUUCUACUUUGUAGACAACAAGCUGGUGAUGCACAACAAGGCAGAUUACUCCUACAGUGGAGGACCUUGAGCACAGGAUGGACAGCCAGCCUGCGCUGGCCUUCCCUUUCCUGUAGAAGUUGUCAGGGAUAACAACACCUUCAGUUCAGUUGCCUGCAAUGUCAACUGAACGAGGAUCCACAAACCAAGGACUCUUUGCCACAGUAGGAGUUUCAUGACUAAAUUGGCCAGUCUCAUCUUUGCUGAGCUUUGAAGCAGACCCAGUUCUUAAGAACUUUAAACAGUUCUGCAAAGCUAAGCGAUCUUUGGAUACCACUGCCCUAAGUUCUUUAGGUGUCUGCUUUGGAAAUGGCCUUGUGGGACCUGGGGAAUUUUGGCCUAAUUCUGUGGAUUUGUGUUCUUGCCCUCAAGUCUCUUUUAGGACAUGAUGGCUUUCUCACAGAAUGUAAUCCGAGAAACUGUGUGAGUGGAUGAAUGCAGAUGCAGAGUUGUGUCUGUUUGUUUCUAUCUGUGGAUGCUUCAAAGGUACAGUCAGUUUAACUUUUUAUUCAGUUAAAAAGGUUCAGUGUAACACUUUACAAAGCAAAAGUUUCAUCCUUAGAUUGUUUCUCUAAAUAGCUAUCUCAUACUUUUUUCUUUUCUUUGUUCCUUUUAUGUAGUAUUCUGUUUAACCUUGGAAGCAACGGAACUUGCAAUGAAGAUGAGUAGCUCAGUGACAAGCCUGUUUAGAGUCAGGGCCUCUCCUUUUACAGUUCAGAAGGAGCGAAAUAGCAUUGAGGGUCUACAAACCAUCAUAAGCAUUCCCAAUUUAUUUAAGUUUUUGCAAAUACAAUGCAGAAUAAUCAGGAAAAAUGAAGGGUUUUAGGUUAGGCUGACAUUAUUAUGUAGUUAACAUUCAGCCUCUUCAUGGUAUGGGUUUUCCAUCUCUGUCUGUCUGUUUUUUUCUUUCUCUGUUCAAUACUAGGACAAGGGCUUCAGCAUUACUUGUUAGAGCAGCAUUUUCUUUUGUGUAAGGCAAUCAGUAUGUGGAAUUUCCAGUUUUGCUUUUGUCACAGAGUCACAGAAUCAGUAAGGUUGGAAGGGACCUCUGGAGAUCAUCUAGUCCAACCUCCCGAAGGUUUCCUGAUGCUGGUUCCACUGGGGCUUGAACCGAGGACCUUCAGCAUGUAAAGCAUACAUGAUAACCACUACACUAUCCUUUGUAUCUGAAUUUGAAGAAUGUUUUGAUAGUUUUUUCCCCUUUGUUAAAAAGUGUUUUGCAUUUGAUAUUAAUACUCCUGAAACAGUGAGUCUGAUAAUGUAAGACUUUGUUUAAGGCACAACACAGGUUUAUCAAAAGCUCUCUCUUGUCUCUGUAAGAAGUUUAAGAAUCAUUUUGCAUAAGUUUCUCAGAAUGUGCUCCUUCUUAGAAGGACAGACAUACAAAGUAGCAACAUAAAAACAAUAAAUUAUACAGGCAAAACAAAAUAAAACAAAAAAUGGAGAAACUUGUGUGCAGUAAAAACCUUCAUCUUUUA